CUCGAACCGAGCAAGCUUCCAAGUCACUCCCAUGGGCCACCGCGACGACGACCACGCGCUCGCGACCUACGACGCGCUGGUCGACAAGGUGGCGAGCGAUUCGAUGAACCUCACGGAGCUCCGGGCCCCACGCCUCACCGGCAACAGCCUCAAGAUCUUUGCCAAGCUCCUGCGCGCACCGGUCCUUGGUCCCGCAAUUCUGCGCAAAAUCAAGUCGGACAACCGCAUGAUCCAAGUGCGCGAACUCGCGGCCACCUUGCGCCUCCAGCCGCUCUACUACCCGCUCUCCAUGCCCUCGAGCGCCCUUCUUGCGCAGCACUCGACGCGUGCACACGCCUACUCACUGCAAGCGCUGGCGACCAUGGAGCAAGCAACGCCGUCCCUCGCGUUUCAUCGCUAUACGGCAGCCGACUAUGUUGGCAAGUACACGUCCGGUGCGAUCACACCCCUGCAAGCCAUCACUGCAGUUCUCAAUGCGAUUGACGACUCGAACCGGCGGGAGAUGCCAUUGCGGGCGUUCAUCCAAGUGCACACCGACGCCGCGCUCGAGGACGCACGCGCGUCGACCGCGCGGUACCGAGCAGGCGCCCCCCUCGGCCCCCUCGACGGUGUCCCGAUUGCCGUGAAAGACGAGAUCGAGGUGCAGGGCUACAUGACCACGUUUGGGACGUCCUUUCUCGGGUCGGUCAAUGGCGUGGCGACUGUCGACUGCCUCCCAGUGGCUCGGCUCCGUGCGGCUGGCGCGAUCAUUGUCGGCAAGACCAACAUGCACGAGUUUGGAGCUGGCUGCUUUGGCAUCAACAUCCAUCACGGCACCGCGCGCAACCCGUUUAACGAGAACCACAUGACGGGUGGGUCCUCGAGUGGGUCGGCAGCCGCCGUCGCCGCCGGGCUCGUGCCGAUCGCAAUCGGUUGCGACGGCGGCGGCUCGGUGCGCAUUCCGGCGGGUCUCUGCGGCGUUGUCGGGCUCAAAGCCACGUACAUGCGUAUCCCGUACGACUUUCACGGGUGCCCGAGCCUCUCGAACGUCGGGCCGCUCGCUGGCACCGUGCAAGACGCAGCGCUGGCGUACGCUGUCAUGGCGGGCAGCGACGCGGGCCAUCCGAUGAGUGUGCACCAACCGCCGCUGUACCUCUCGACAUCGCCUGUCGCGGAUGACCUCGGGCACCUCCGCGUCGGUAUCUAUCCCGACUACCUCGUCGGCACGGACGCCGAGAUCGUCACAGCGUUCCACGCGCAAGUUGCCCACUUGCAGGCGCGGGGCGCGACCAUUGUGCACAUCAAACUCCCGAACCUGCAAGCGAUCCACUUUGGCCACAACAUGACGAUUCUCACCGAGAUGGCGCAGGCCACCGACGUCCACUACCGCCGCAUCCGUGAGUUUAGCGCCGACGUGCAAAUCAACUUGGAGCUCGCGCGCUCCGCGCUCUCGAGCAUCGACUUCCUCGCGGCCCAGCGCGUGCGCGCGUAUGCCACCAACAUGCUGCGCGACGUGUUUGAUGCGGUUGACGUCCUCGUGACGCCAACGACGUCAAUCCUCGCGCCGCGUCUCGAGCCCGAUGUCUUUAAAGCCGGCCUCUCGCAGCUCGAGCUUACGACGGGCCUCAUGAAGUACAUGGUCCUCGGCAACUUUGUCGGCGUCCCAGGCAUCGCCGUGCCGAUAGGUCUCUCCUCGGGCGGGCUGCCCAUGUCUCUGCAGUUGCAGGCCGCGCAUUGGCACGAGGAUACCAUCGUGCAACUCGCACGUCUUUUCGAGUCGCUCAACCCGAUGCCUCCGCCGCCCGUGUACUACGCGCCACUCGAUAACACGCCCACCGACGCCCACUAGACUAUGUAAUUUCUGCAUCAACUAUUCCUUUUUGAAGCUUUUGGGCGG